UAUAAAAUAUAAUUUGCAGAGGAAAUGAAAUCAUUAUAAGUUAAUGAUGGUCAACACUGUCACAACAAAUAUUUCACGUACUGUACAUAAAAACUGGAAUAAUGCAGCAGCGAGAACGAGAUACUGUGUUUAAAGAACGAGAGCUCGAGAAACAAGAUUCUACAGCCUUUGCAAAGAAAUAAUCUAGCGAUCUAUAAUCGAAAUUAUGCCUUCUAUUUCCUAACUUACAGGCUACCAACUGCUUUAGUCAAAGAGUUCUAAGCAGCCAUAUAGACUCGUCUACGUUUGGUGAUAUUCCCUCUGCCAUGGAUCAGUGGUAUUGUUCAGGGAAUUAGUUCCAUAAAAGUACCUUGUUACGGUCUCAUUUUGUAAAUUUACUCAUUUCACUUACAUUUAAUCGUCUCUCUGUAGCCUAAAGGCUUAAAUAAGUAUAUUGUGUAAAGAAAGACUAAAGUCAUCCUUAUGGGACUAUCAUUUAGACUCAGAUCAUCUGAUAAGAGAAUGUACGAUCGACUGGUAUGCUCACGAUUCGAAUUAAUUGUCGUCCUUGUUAUAACUGGAGUUCUACUCGAAUCAGUUGACAAAGUUGACGACUCAUGGACGACAAAAGAAUUUAAAUCAACACCUACAAACAAGUCGGGCUUCUUCUCUUCACCAAACUAUCCAAAUAAAUAUCCUGGAGGUCAGCGAAUUUUCCUCAGAUUCAAAGCCCAAGAAAACGAACGAGUCAAGAUCAAGUUUGUAGAUUUUGACGUUCACGGCCUAUGGCCUGAGUGCCAACGCGAUUAUAUGGAAAUCUACAUAAGAGUCGAAAACAUCUCGGACUAUAACAAAUGGGAUCUUCAUAAUAAAUAUUGUGGAAACUCGGUGAAAGAAGUUCCGAAAGUUCUUGUCUCCUAUUAUCGAAUUAUUAUAAUAGGUUUAUUCACCGUAAAGAGGAGUCCCCAAGAUGCUCCAUAUGAUAGGAGGACGGGCUACAAGGGCUUCGCCGGUACUUACGAGUUUAUCUCUGACAGUAUUUACAACAUUGGCAAGAUAGGAAAUAGGAAAUCCGACUGUCGUUAUCUUUUAACGAAACCGAAUGGUACAGUUGUCUCCCCAACAUAUCCUGGUCAGUAUUCAGAUAACAUGAAUUGUGAGUGGAAAAUUGAAGGCCCGAAAAGGACAAGAAUAUAUUGGAGAUUCGAAGAUUUAGACGUUUUCGAUGGUGGAAAGCACUGCCCCUAUGAUUCGGUUGUUAUCUAUGAUGGCAAUUCUAUUAAUUCACCGACAAUAGGUACUUUUUGCGGAAAAGACUCUGGUUUAGAGAUAUGGUCUACUACAAAUAGUCUAAUUAUCUCCUUUACAACGAAAUCUGGCAGACAAUCGGAUACAAACAUCCAAUUUACGAAAAACAAUGAUAUUACUAUGGCAGGCUUCCGAGCAAUUUAUCGCAUUUCCAAUAAAAUUGUGUCCUUAGAUUCGAAUACCUUGACACAUGUCAGGGGAACUGAAUGUGAUGAACGCAUCAAAUCUGAAAAAGAAUCUGCAGGUGUCAUAAAAUCACCCCAUUGGCCAGGACCUGUUCCUACCAAUAUUACUUGUGUCUAUACUAUAGACGGUUUACAAGAUCUUCAUAAUUUAGAAAAAGUUAAGUUAAAUAUUACAAAUAUGACUAUUCCCAAGUACGGAGAAAAGUGCACUAGUGGAUUUGUCAAAGUCUAUCUUAGCGUACCAGAGAAAGUUGAGGAUAGUCUUUCAAAGCCUCCUGAUUCAACACUUUGUGGACAAGGUGUGAAAGCUUUUACAUCAGCAGGUCCCCGCAUGGUUCUUGUAUUUCAUGCUCAUAACGACAAAGAAUAUACAAAUCGACGAUACGGCUUUGAAGCAUCUUAUCGAUUUGUUACUGACUAUGCUAUACCUGGAAAACCUCUUUCAAAAUCUGUAUGCCAUUUUCGUUACUCUUCACGUUCAGCUCGAGUAGGAAGGUUCAAUUCACCAAGAUUUCCGUCCCGCUACCCUCCUAAUACUAAAUGUACUUACGAAUUACUAGGAAGAAGCGACGAAUGGAUUAGAUUAUCUUUCAAGAAAUUUGAUUUGGAUACAAAACCGGAUUGUACUGGAGAUGUUCUCUACGCAAAAGAAUACGACAACGGUAAAGAGGCUCUAAUAGGACGUUAUUGCGGGAAAUUACCUCCAGGGCCCUUACAAUCCGAUACGAGUAAGGUGAAGUUUGUCUUUCAAUCUGGGUCAGAAUCUGCUGGCUCUGGAUUUAAGAUAAAGUACGAAUUCUUCCGUCGCGUUAGACCCACGAGUGAUUCGGAAAUUUGUGGAGCUAACAACUUGGGCAGGGAAUAUAGAGGAGGAGUUAUAAUUUCCUCAAAUUUCGGUCAUAAGUAUAAGACAAAUAGGACCUGUGACUGGAUUAUUUCUGUUAAGGCUUGGGCUAGAGUGCUUAUUCACUUUUCCGAAUUCAAUUUGGAGGGCCAUCUCGAGAAGCAGGGCUGUGCCAAUGCUGUACUAAAAAUUUAUACCCGUAGAACUGCCCUCCCAACAUAUGAAUUCUGUGGUCCUCAAUUACCAAAUAGAACUUUUUUAUCUGAUGAAGGCUACAUGAAGAUUCGUUUCGUGACUGUUGAUAAGGCAAUAGGCGGAAAGGGUUUCAAAUUAAGCUGGGCUGCUGUAAGAAAACAAGGCAGGUGCGAACAGUUCAUAUGUCGUAAAUCAGGCUAUUGUAUAGACAAUUCACUAAGGUGCGAUAAAAUUCCUCAUUGCGGACUGGAUGACGACAGCGAUGAGACGUCAGAAUGCCCGAAAUACGGCCAGGAUUCCCUUUUGACUAUGAUAUUAGGGAUUAUAAUUGCUCUCGUAGUAUUUGUUAUACUCAUCGUCUGCAUCGUGCAUAGAAAAAGAAGGAAUGGCAAUCACAGAUCGGGCAAGAACCGAUGCAAACAGUUGGAAGUUAAAUACGUUACCAGGACAACAAACAAUGACCGUUUAAGAGAUGGAAGGCGAGAACUAUUAGAGCACACAGAAAAAGUGUCGAACGUCUAACAACAAAUCAAUCGAUCAAAUAUUCCGUUAGAAGAGAAAGAAAAGUUGAAUAUAGAAAAAGGAAAAGAACAAUGAAUUUGAUUCUUCUACUUAAAUCUCGUUAAAAUGGGAAUCAGAGAAAAAAAGACGCUUGGCUAAUUAAUUAUAGAGCAGGGUUCGAACUAUGCAAACUCAAUUUUUCCAGCCAUAUAGUAUGACAGCUAGAAAAUUUCUCUUGUUGCCUAGAUUAGCACGAAACGAUUAAUGAGAUUUCGUUGUGAUACAGACUUAUUAAAUAAUAUAGGCGGGUAAAAAGAAUAUACUUACGUCACGCAAUUGCGCCAUCUAUCAGAUAUCAUUUUUUUUUCGUAAACAAACACUUCUGUAUCGUAUACAAUUCGAUGCCGACCUUGCCUUAAUAUGAUGUUACUAUUAGCGUAUAAACGAUCCGUAUGCAAACUGUAAACAAUGUUCUUUGUGUACUUCAUCUAUGCGCGUAGUGUAUAUGUGAAAAUUAUAUUAGCUAAAGAUUUUAUCUAUCAAUAGCCCAUAGUUUCUCUUUUCAAUCAAUUUUCCGAUUAUUUCCUUGUAAACAUUUACUACAAAAUGAAGAAACUCCCCUUCGUUUCGAACAUAGGUUUCCUGCGUGAAACAUAGGCUGACAACUUACUUUUUUUUCACAGGAAAGGGCGGCGUUUGAAUAGAGGUAAUUAACGCACGCACACUAUGCGUUUGAUAAAUUAUGGAUGGCAAUUACUUGCCAAACUACUUUUUUACACACAAACCGGAGCGUCGGGGCGAAAAAGAGACACCGAAUUGAAAACGCAUUAGAAUCUUCCUUCACUUUAGUCUUUAUCCUUUACCCCUUAUUUACGUACCGAUUAGUUUCUCGCUACACGUAUUUAGUUUAGUUUUUACAGUUUCUCAAAUGUAGAGACAUUUUCCACGAAUGCAUCAUUCUAUUUUUACUACAAAAAAAUGGUUUAUAAGAAGGCAAGCGUCUAUUUAAAGCGUCGUUUCUCAUCUCACUCGUUUGAUAAAUAUAUUCACAAAUAUAUAAAUACUUUAUCACUUAAUAUGUUAAAAUCAAGCAAUUUCAUAAAUAUAUGCAGAUCCAUAUAGAUCGUGUGCACAGGUCUAUUUUGUUUAUUGGUAUGAUAGGCUGCAUUUAAUCAUAUGCUUUACUCGUUU